AUGGGGAGUGGUGCAUCUGCAGAGGCAAAGUCGUCUGCGAUUCAACUACUCGGCGAAAAGCUGCUUAAGCCGGGAGGCGAGACCGUCGACACGGCAACCGUUUUCGAGGGCAAGAAGGCUGUAGGGCUCUACUUUUCAGCCCACUGGUGCCCUCCGUGCCGUGGAUUUACACCAAAGCUCGCAGAAGCAUACAAAAGUCACCUCAUGGUCAAGGGUCUCGAGGUAGUGUUCGUGUCCUCAGACAAUACGGAAGACGAGUUCAAGGCAUACCAUGGUGAGAUGCCAUGGCUCGCGCUUCCCUACGGUGAGCGGACGAAGAAGGCAGAUCUUUCCAAGAAGUUCAAGGUCAGCGGAAUUCCUACGUUUGUCAUCCUCAACGUAGAGAACGGCUCCGUCAUUACCACGGAGGGGCGCAGCGCUGUCAUGUCCGAUCCCGAAGGUAAGAAGUUCCCCUGGAUACCGCCAACAUUUCAGGAAGCAUUGGGCGACAAGUUCCUGGAUGGGGAUGAGACUGUUGACAAGAAGAAGAUUGAAGGAAAGACCUUGGGCUUGUACUUUUCUGCACACUGGUGUCCACCAUGCCGAGCAUUUACGCCAGUGCUGGCCAAGUGGUAUGCGGGCAUCAAGUCAGAGCUUGGAGACAAGUUUGAAAUCAUCUUCUGCAGCGGCGACAGGGACGAGGGCUCCAUGAAAGAGUAUUACAAAGAGCAUCGGGCCGCCGGUGGAAGCUGGCUGGCUAUGCCAUUCGACCGAAAAGAUGACCUGGAUUCACUCUUCGAAAUCCAGGGCAUUCCGACUUUCCUGAUCGUCAGCCCGGAAGGCAAAGUUAUCAACAAGAACGGGCGAUCCUUGACCAGCGCACCUGCCAGUGAGUUUCCGUGGCAUCCUCCUGUCAUCGCUAGCAUGGAGGAGCCUGAGGGAAUCAAUGAGACGCCGUCAAUGUGCCUCAUGCUGGAAAGUUGCGAGCCGGCUCUGCAGAAGAAGAUCAUCGAUGCUGUCACCCCCAUCGCGGAAAAGUACGUGAAGAGUGGGGAGUCCUUGCAAGCAUUUGGAAGUGAAGCUGCGGGUGCACAGGGGUUUGCAGGCGCCGCUGCUGGGAUGACGGAACGGCAUGUGGUGUUCAUCAUGAUGCCGUCAACUGGCCACGUGAACCCAUCGCUGCCCAUCGUUGCGGAGCUCGCGUCGCGUGGAGUUGUGGUAACCUACUACGUUCACGAGCAGUUCCGAAAGGUGGUGGAGGCCACCGGUGCGACGUGGCGCCCUAUGCAGAGGCCCCAUGACUUGACUGAGGAGCAGGCAGCAAGGUACUUAGGCGACCUUCCGAAGAGCAGCUGCAUCUUCCCGGCCAGUACAGUUCCUGUUGCUGCUGGGAUUCUCCCCAGUCUCACAAAUGAGCUCGAGAUGAUGCACCCCAGGCCGUCACUCAUCGCUUAUGACCCUUUUUUGCCACAAGGCCUUGUCGCUGCCCGGUACCUGAAAAUUCCCUCAGUUAGCCUCUUGAGCUACACUGGCCCCGGCGUAGUAAGUACUCGAGCAGAGGUUAGCCUGCAGUGGGAGAAGAACCCGGCAGUUCAGAGAGCCGUCCGAGAGAUCAAAGACUUGUACGACGUCGACAUCUUCGCGCAGGGCGCCGUUGGCGAGUUCUACUCACCUGAUCGAAACACCGUCACAACCUUUCAGCGGUUGUUUGCACCCCCGCUGUCAAGUUUGCAGAAGGAGCGCAUGUCAGAGAUCCCCUUCCGAUGUAUAGGUCCCAUGGUGAGCUCAAAGGUAGAGAGAAUUUCGCAUGCCUGGGCUUCUGCAGAGCAGCUCGACAAGGAGCUGCCAUGGCAGACCAUCAAUGAGGCACGGAAGUCGAAGCCUAUCGUCUACCUCUCUAUGGGCACUGUAGCAACUUCAUCGUUCUGGGCCAGAAAAUUCGGACCAACAGCGCGAAGCAACGGCUUAGAAGACUUUAGCGGCAAGGAGUUUGUCCAGCUGGUGCUGAAAACAGCCUUCGAGGCCUUCCAGGAUGAAGACGUCUUAGUCGUGGCCGCCAUUGGCCCCCAGGCCGACGCGCUCGAAAAUCUCCCUCCUCCCCCGAAGAAUUUCAUCCUACAAGAAGUCGUUCCACAGUUGCAGCUGCUUCAGAUGUGUGAUGUCUUCAUCACGCACGGUGGCGCCAACAGUGUGCAUGAGGCUCUGGGCCUGGGCUUGCCCCUCAUCGUGGUGCCGUUGUUUGGCGACCAGCCCCUGAAUGCCGAUGCUUUGUCGAACACGGGGGCCGCCAUCUCAUUCAGGUUCCCCAAUGAGACCUUGUCGCCGGCAGCUCUUCGAUCGGCUGUGAGACAGAUGCUGGAACCGGGUGAGAACGGUGAGAACUCCUUCCGGCUUGCAGCGCGCGAGCUGAGCCGCCAGAUGGCUCAAACUGGGGGAGUUGCAGAAGCUACAGAUUACAUCUUGCUUGGGGAUGAGACGUCGAGUCCCAAGUUUGGAGGGGCUUGA